CUGUCACGCUGACAGCUCGUGAGGAGAGGAGAGCCGGUAAUUGGCAUUCCUCGGAGGGGACAUGUACACUGAUCAUCAGAGCACUGAUCGGUCCCCAGCAGCGCCACCUGUCAGUGUCCAUCAGUGCUCAUCCAUACCACCUGCCAGUGUCCAUCAGUGCCAGCUCUCAGUGCUCAUCCAUGCCACCUGCCAGUGCCCAUCAGUGCCACAUAUCAGUGUCCAUCUGAGCUGCCUUUCAGUGUCACCCGUCAGUGCCACCUUCAAUGCCAGUCAGUGCUGCCUAUCAGUGCCAGGCAGUGCCGCCUAUCAGUGCCCAUCAGUGAUG